AUGACCACUGACUCUUUGCAUGCCUCCUCAGCAGGAGAGAAAUCUAAGCUUGUGGACGCUGUAGCCGACCCAUUGUGUACAUACAUCGCAGCAUCGGCAUCGUGUGACGGUCCCCCAUUGCCGUCGUUUGUCCGUUUCAACGAUUCCCACCUGCCCUCUGCCUUUCCUCGAGUGUUUCUUGCUGCACAUGCAGCAUUUUGCGUCAAAGACGGCGAAGCUCCGCAGGUUCCUGACUACCUCGUGUCUGGCCGGUCAGAUCGGUUGGGCGCCGCCGCCUCACCAUUCUUGAAAUCAAACGCUUCAGAGCCUCUAACUUCACAUGUAGAUGUUUCUACUUCUUCGGAGUCGAAUAAUGGCCCCAACCCCACUGCAGAUGCACAAAUUCCGACGCCGAAGCCGCUACAGCAAAAGGCGCUGCGCUGCACCGUUGCAUUCCUUAGACAGCAAAACUUCGACUUCAGCUCUGCCCCCAGCAUUCUGAUGGGUGCAGGCGUGACUAUGGACGAUUAUGCAGAUUCGACGUUAGGGGGGCGCGCAAAUUCAGAUGCAGAAAAAAUAAAGGUUGCAGCACGGCCUCAGGCUGCACUCGCAGAAGGUGGCUCCAUUCCAUCGAACAAGCCUGAAUACGACGCUGCGUCUUCAGCACCCGGAGGAACCUCACAGCCUCCGUAUACACCAAGUGUUGCUGUAAAUGAUGCAGCACUAGGGCCUGCAAAUGGAGCUACUGAUCCACAGAAGUGUAACAGUGAAUCUGCAAAGCAGGGUAGCAACCCGGACCUGGGAAAUCCUCUGUUGGAAGUAGCAGAAGAGGAACAGCGCAAACCAGAAACUAUUAGCGCUUCAAAUGAAAGGGAAGUCCCCAUAGAAUCCUCUGCAUGCAAGAAAAGGAAGGGCCUCAACACAGCGGCCAUGCGGCACAAGAACCUAGAACAGGUCUCCAACGAAUGUGCAGGGAGUGUCCUGUGCCUCUCCCAAGCAGCUUGCGGCGCAUGCGAUAUUCCUAACUGCACCAAAGAGCAUGAUGUUGCGGCAUUCAUGAAGACAAGGCCUGAAGACUUAACGGGAGAAUGCAUAUUCUUCCUGCGCUUUGGCAUGUGCCCAUAUGGCUGCUGCUGUCGCUUCGGCCUCCCCCACCUUAAUGCAGAGGGGGUGAAUAUGCAUAGGGACGGAAGGCCUGUUACCUUGUUGGAUUUGAAGAAGUACAAAGAAGAGCACAAAUCGGAUGAAGUUAAUAUUCUAACAACGCAUUCUGCGGUAUCUCUGGCACCAAGGCGUAAACGCCACUACGGCAAAAACAAACAGGCCGCAGACGGAGCGGAGCCGUCAGCCUCCUCGCCACUUUCUUCCUCCACCCUUAACCACGAGGCGUCUGAUCCUUCAACAGUCAAGGAUGAGGGUGCUGAAGGGGGGCCUGGUUACUGCGACGCUGACGCUGACGCUGCUACUGGUGAUGAUGCAGCUGCUGCUCCUACUGCUGUGUCUAGAGCUGGCAGAGUGGGCGCAGUGGACACUUCGUGUAUUGAUGAUACGAGUCCCGAAGACAGGAGAAGGAAGUUUGCAAAACAUAUUCGAGGAAAGACAUUUUUGGCCCCGUUAACAACUGUAGGGAAUCUGCCAUUUAGAAGACUCUGUACGCGCCUUGGAGCUGACGUGACUGUUAGUGAAAUGGCUGUGGCCCAGUCUUUAGUUGAAGGGAAGGCCUCGGAACUUUGCUUGCUAAGAUGUGGAAAGUUGAUAAAAGACAACAACAUUCAGUGCGAUUUCAUCGAUCUCAAUAUCGCGUGCCCCCUCGACCAACUCCACCGAAAAUUCAAAGCGGGUUCUUGUAUGCUGGAGAAGCCUGCAGCUGUAGAGUCUGUUGUGAAGAGUUUAAUGGACGUCUCGCCCGAUAUCCCUGUUACCUUGAAGGUCAGGACAGCCCAUUACGGCAAAAAGCACCAGCUCCACAACGUUAUAGGCAGGCUUUCUCGUUGUGGGGUGAGUGCUAUAUUUGCUCAUGGUCGAACUGCGCAACAGCGGUAUUCAAAAUCAGCAGAUUGGGAGUAUCUCUCUUCUUGCAAGCAGCAUAUGGCGGAAGACGUCUUGUUAGUUGGAUGCGGCGACAUUCUCAGCAGUGCAGAAUAUCAGUAUCGCGAAUCUGUAGCUGGAAUGGACGCCCUAAUGAUAGGGCGAGGGGCCCUUAUUAAACCGUGGAUAUUUACAGAAAUAAAGGAGAGAAGAAUUUGGGAUAUCUCAGCACCAGAACGGUUUGAGCUCUUAAAGGAAUUUGUUAACAACGGACUUGAGCACUGGGGUAGCGACCGCCGUGGUAUCGCAACAACGCGUCGUUUCCUCCUCGAACUUUUGUCAUUUACGCAUCGUUAUAUUCCCCCUCCAUUCCUUGAGCUGGAGCCGCAGCUCAUUCAGUGGCGCCCGAGUCCUUUCAAGGGCCGCUCUGACUUGGAGGUCAAACUAUCAAGCCCAAACACCCAGUGCUCCACUUGUGGUUUUGUGUCUAUGUGA